CCUCUCACCGACCAGCAGCAGCAGAGAGCAGGAAAGAUGGCGGCCGGUUCUGGGGCUGCAAGCGGCCACGGAGCUCGCAGCUCCAACGCUGCUCUGGAGGCGACUCUGGACCGGAGAUUUCAAGGAGUAUCCAACACUAUGGAGUCGAUACAGGGACUUUCAAGCUGGUGCAUUGAAAACAAGAAGCACCACGGCGUUAUCGUCCGCUACUGGAUGAAGUGGCUCAAGAAAUCUGACAACAAUCACCGCUUGAAUCUCUUCUACCUUGCCAAUGAUGUGAUACAGAACUGCAAAAGAAAGAACGCUAUUGUCUUUCGUUCGGCCUUCGCAGAAGUCCUUCCUAAUGCUGCUCAGCUCAUCAAAGAUGGGAAGGUCCGCAGAUCAGUGGAGAGGAUUUUCUUGAUUUGGGAGGAGAGGAGUGUGUAUCCCGAGGAGGUCAUUGCCCAGCUCAAGGCCAGCUUGAACAAAAAGGAAAAAGAGCGAGAAAAGCAGAAGGAGAAAGAAAAGGAGAAAGAAAAAGAAAAAGAGAAGGAAAAGGAAAAAGAAAAAGAAAAGGAGAAAGAAAAGGAGAAAGAAAAAGAGACUCCCCGGGCAAAUGCCCCAACCAACACCAAAGCUGCCCUCAAGUCCAAGAUUGUAGCAGAGUUCACACCCCACUCUCUCAUCGAACAGUUGUCAAGAUAUAAGCGAGCAGUUGCAGAAGAGGAGUUCAGGGAGAAGCAGCUGGCAGCUCUCAGGGUGGAUGUGUGCAGCACGGAGGCUCUUAAGAGACUUAAAGACAAGGCAGGAGGGAACAAGUUUGCUAAGGACUUUGAGGACGGCAGUCUGAAGCUGCAGGAGUUUGUCGGCUUCCUGGACAAAGAGUUGAAAACAGGGCCUCCUCUGCUGGAAGCUUUGGGAAACGCAGACAUUUUCUACGAGAUGCAGUACAAGGAGGUUAAAAUUGUGGCCAAUGCGUACAAUGCCUUUGCCAACCGUGUGGCCAGUCUUAAAAGGAAAUUAGAUUCCCUCAAGUCGACUCUACCUGGACCCGAGGACUCUCCCAUCCCCUCACCCUCUGAAGACGCCCCCUCUCCCACUGGCUCUGACUCACCCUUCCUGGGACUGGGGACUAGCAGAGCCCAGGUGGAUCCAGAGCUGGAUGGCAAGGCCAUGGAUGAAGGAGAAAUGCACAGUGACAACAGAGACAUGGAAGACAUGGAUAUGUCUGAUGAAGAGGCUGAUGCUGCCACAGAAGGGGCAGAUGACAAGAAAGAGAAGGCGUCCGCUGCUGUUGCCAAGACUACAAAGUCAGACGCAGCAUCAAAGCUUCCCACCACACCUACAAAAGCUUCAAAGACCCAUUCUACUGCUGCCGCCACGGCCACCCCAGUGACUCCCACCACUGCUACUGCUCAGAGCGCUCCAACAACCCCUCUGGGAGUCAAUCUGGAGAAGGUGGACCUGGGAAAGAUCAGCUCCAUUCUCAGCUCACUCACAUCUGCCAUGAAGAAUACAGCAGCUAGCCCUGCCCGACCAUCACCAGGAACACCCACCACUCCCUCUGGCCAAUCAGCAGCCUCCAAAGCGACCCCUUCGAGCCCUGCCCUGGCCAGCAUCCUGUCACGUGUUGACAUCACACCUGAAGGCAUCCUUAAUGCUUUGUCUAAAACAAACACACCAGGUUUGUCCUCUCUCCUGCAAAGUGUGACAAACACCUCCUCUGCUCCUCCCACCCGAACCUCCCCAGAAUCAUCAGCAGUUAAAACCCCGCUCACCCCAACCACCCCAAAAACAAAACCCACUCUGGGCAACAGCCUCAAACGAGACACACCUGGGAGAACCAGAGACUGGGAGAAAGAGAGACAGCUGUCCCCUCCUCCUCCACCCCCGCCUCGCCCCUCAGCUCCUUCUGUCUCUCCCCCCAGCCUAGAAUCGAAAAUCAACAGCUUCUUGCAGGGUAAUCCAGGUUUUAGUCUUGCUCUAGGUGAUGUUAGUCCUGAUGGGGUGGAUGGGACCCCAGUGAGAGAUGAGGCUGCUGGCACCCCCACCCAAGAUGAGAUCAUGGACACACCUGGUAGUGUGCCAGAGUCUCUAGGGUCCUCUGGAGGUCAUAACCUCUCACCCACUGCCUACCGCAGCGAACCCUGGGAUGCUGUGAUCACCCCGUCAGGAAGCAACAGCAACGGAGACUUCAUGGGCUCUUCCUCCUCCUCUUCCCGGUAUGGAGCAGGGAAAAAGAGCGGCACAAAAGUAAAGGACGAUGAAGUGAGGAAUGUGAGGAAGCAAGUCUCCUCCUCCCCCAGUCACGACAGGAAGGGUAAAAAAGAUGGACAACACAGCCAAUUGAGGAUGAUGGGAAACAACAGAGGGAACGGAGAAAGGAGACUCUCUGGAAGUUCUCGUAAGGCGAGCAGUGGCUCAGAUGAUGGAAGUCUGAGUGCGAAAAGAGAGGACAAGGGGAAAGGGUCUCCAGCAAGUGGGAAGGAGGGCCAGUACCAUCGUAUUGAGACACUAGUGUCGCCCUGCACUGAAGGGGCACCCAUUCAAACUCUAGGCUACUCUAACCGCCCACUCGCUGGAGAGCGCAUCAAGACAGUAGAGAGCAUCCGCGUGAUUGGCCGAGGCUCUCGGCGGGGGGGAGGGUCAAGCGGUCGGCCAGGGGGAGCAAUGUGGUACGAAGAGGAGGAAUACAUGGAAGCUCAGCCUCCCUCACCCCAUGGUGUCCCCCCUCCUCUUAACAUUGGUCAGGGGGGCAGUGAGGACUUAGCCCCCUCCAUGCCUCCUCCCCCACAUCUCCUCCUCCCACAUCUCCACCCUCCUCCGUCCCAUCCGCACUCACAUCCUCCUCCCCAAUCUCCAUUCCAAAUGCCGUAUCACGGGGAGAACAUGCAGACUCCUCCCCCGUCACUCCUCCACCAACAUCCUCCUACACCCCCUUUCUUCGGCGCUCCUCCACCAAUCCCUCGACCCCCUCCGCCCCCCGUACCGCAGCGCCCUUCCCCUACACCUACCCACUCCUCUGUGCCCUCUGCAGUCAUGGUGGGGGGAGUGCUGGUCCCUGUUGACCGCCCCCUUUCUCUUCCUCCCCCAAUCAGACCCGAAGGUGUGGAUCGAGGCGGGCUGGGGCCCAGAGGAAGCAAAGUAGGCCCUCCACCUCUCAUGUCAUCGUUGCUAGGGGAACCCCCUAAGCUGCACCGUCCUGGCACAGUUAAAGAGCCUUUUGUCCCCCGUCAUGCACCCCCUCUCCACCGCCAAGGUGCCCCUGGUGUUCCUCUACCCUUACUGGGCAGAGUGAAGGAGCCUCUGAAUCUACCUCUUCCAUCCCCCUCUCCCUCUCCCACAUCCUCCACAACCUCUCCCUCCACUCCUAACUCCCCGGCAGUCGACACGGUCUCCACCCGCCUCCCAAAUCAGUCCGCUGCCCCUCCUCUCCACAAGCCCCCCACUAGUCCUCCAGCUCAGUCCCGCAAUCAAACCUCCAACCCUGUUCCCCUCCUCACCUUACCCAACUCUCGACCCCCGAUCCUUUCUCUCCCCAUCCCACAGAGACCUCUGCUACGAGGCCGAACCCCCUCUCAGCAGAUUAACCAAGAUCGCCCCAUUGGGGGGUUCCGUGGGGGCAAGCGGCCUGGUCCUCCAUUCACAGGUGGUCCCUUCCAUGCUCAGAAGAGACCCUUCCUACCCCCACGCUACUGAAGUGGUCAUCUAUGACAUGCUGAACGAGAAGUGCAAGCGCCCUGCGCUGAAGUGCAGAGUGUGUGUUAGCCCUGCUGGUAUGAGCCCAGAUAUCUUUACUCUGUUAAUUAGCUUGAAUUAAAACUACCUUAGGUUGUGUGUAAAUAGCUGAUAAAUCUUCAUGCUUUAGCUCGGUAGCCAGCCAGUCAUCUUACACUGUACAGUACAGUUACAUAGUGCAGAGUGUUGUGUAACCCUCUAUCACUUUUCUCCCCAUCUCUCCAUACACAGUAGAUAAAGUCUGGUACAAGAGUGACAUAACCGUAGGAAGAAAACGCAGAUAGCUCAAGCAAGAAUUUAAACUAUACUUUUAUUUAGAGUUUGCCUAACUGUGUGACUGUUGGGUUACUUAACCUGAGAGAGAGCAGGAGAGUGAAAGAAACGUGUAUGUAUGGGUCUCAUGCCGUACAGAGGAAAGAAAGUAAAAGCAAUAGUUAAGACAUUUGGGGAAAUAAGCUUAUUGGCUUUCUUACUCAGAGUUAAAUGAGAAGAUCAAUACCUUUGUCUGCUGAAUAUGAAACUGCCGGCAGCCGCUUAGCAUGAAGACUGGAAACGAGGGAACAGUUACCCCUGAUCUGUCCGAAGGUUUAAAACAAAAUUCCACGACUAAAUCCUCUAAAUCUCACUAAUUAAGACACUGCAUUUUGUUUGCUUUUAAUCCAUACAAAAACUGAAGCAUAGAAUUGACAAGCUGUGGCGAUAACAUGCCCAGACAGUUUUGUCCCUAGGCGCAGUGACUUCAUUCAAUUUGCCCGGCAACCUCACAGCAACAGCAAUACUCUAGGAAGUCACUGCACCACGACAGGCAGGUGGAGUUUGUUACCUUUAGACAACACAAGUCUGUCCGCCCGUUUCCAGUCUUUAUGCUAAUCU